GUCCUACCCUUCACUCAAUAUACCCUGUCCUGGAGUAACUUUUGGCUUGGGUUAGGCACGUUGCAAAUGUUGCAGGGGCGUAAAGUAGUGUGUAUUGGGUGUAUAGAACAUCGCAUAAAGUGCCUCUCAUUAUCAACGCUUUAUAAACAUAUAGUUUUAUAACAUAACUAUCACACCCAGUCUUCAGUACAGGCAUAGUUAUUGUCUGGGUCAAGAUACCGUGAAGAUACUGACAUUACGAACCCUUCGAACCCUUGUUCAUAUUGAGCUCUCAUUUAAAUUUGCAUUGGCAUGAUUUUACGUCCUGGUCUUUGCAUUUGUAGUGCAUUGACUGAUUAUAUUAAAAGGCAAAUCCGAGUAAUCUGAUCGGAAUACAUUGCUUAAACGACCAUUCCUGGUCAUGAGCCUCUUAAGUGUGCUGAGAUGAAGGAUGAAAGAGUCCCAUUGAAGACAAUAUUGCAGAAUUUCAUCAAUCAUGUGGAGAACUUGGAAGCAAAGCUGAAAGGAAAUGAUGAUUUAUAUGAGAGUGAAUUUCAGGAACUGAAAAACAUUAGUGAUUCUUUGAAGAGUCAGAAGUACUAUGCUUGCACAGAGGGUGAGAAGUCAUUCAACCGCCGCAAAAACCGUUACAAGGACAUAUUGCCAUUCGAUGUAUCGCGGGUGGUACUCAGCGAGUUCCCGGGCGUUGCCGGCUCGGACUACAUCAACGCCAACUAUAUUCGGGGCGCCUCCGGGUCGCCGGCGUACAUCGCCUCACAGGGUCCGCUACCGCACACGGUGGCCGACUUCUGGAGGAUGGCGGUCGAGUGUGAGGUCCAGGUGAUAGUCAUGGCCUGCAACCAGACUGAGGCGGGCAAGCACAAGUGCGAACUCUACGUGCCGGAGCAGAAGGAUGUCGAACAGCUGUUUGGCGAUGUGGGUGUCACGCUGAGCCAGAGUCGCCAGAUCUGUCCCGAUUUUACCGUCAAAAAGCUGACUGUGCGCUACACGGGCAGUGGAGGGACCCGAGAGGAGCGGCUGGUGUGCCAGUUUCACUACUCGGCCUGGCCCGACCACGGCGUCCCCAGCUCGGUGGUGCCGCUGCUGCAGAUGAUCCGAAUGCUGCGCGACACACAGGCCAGCGAGACGCUGCCCGUGCUGGUGCAUUGCUCGGCCGGCUGCGGCCGCACGGGUACCAUCUGCGCCAUCGACUACGUCUGGGGACUCCUCAAGGCCGGGAAGCUGACGCCCACGUUCAGUCUGUUUGACCUGGUGGCGGAGAUGCGCCGUCAGAGGAUCGCCAUGGUGCAGACCAAGGACCAGUACAUGCUGGUGCACCGCGCGGUGCGACAGCUGUUCGCCGACCAGCUGCGUGUCAUCGAAUCUCACCCGUACGCCAACGUGGACAGCGCCGGAAAAGUGCUGGCGGCGUCGGCGGCGGCCGAUAGUGGGGACUACGAGGAGAUCUGUCUGGCCGUUGAGGCUCCGCCACCGGUGCAGGACCCGCCCACGCCUUCACCGCCACCACGCCACCGUAAGAGCACCCCGCGACAGCGCUGCCGUCCGCCACCACUACCGCAGAAACGGAAGGCGCCGCAGCCAGAGCCGGAGCCACCGAGCGCGGCGGUCCGGCCUUCCGCGGAGCCCGAGUACCAGGGCUCGCUGGACCGGGCCGAGACGGGCCGGCGCGCCGGCGUCGGUCGGCUCAGACAGCUGUUUGAGACGACAGAGAGCGAGCCUGCCGCGCCCCGGCCUCGGCUCGCCCGCAGCAAGAGCAGCGCGGCGCUGCGCUACCGAGCGCCGGGUCCGUCAGACAGUCGGACUCGGACUAAUAGUGUCAGCAUACCGCGAGAUAGACAGCUGGUGCCGUACACCCCGCCGUCAAAUCCACCCACCGGACCGAGUGAAACGACGUACAACAGGGCGAGGUCGCCGUCACAAUCUCGGAAAGUCAGUCACGCCAAGUCGCCAGUGCAGGUGCAACUGCAGCCGGAUGCUGUCAAAGCUCCCGGUCAGGUGCCCGCGGCGGCCGCCCGCGCCAGGUCGCCGCUCCAGGCCCGGCCUCCGGUCCGCGCUCGAACCUCCCCGCUGCCGGGGGUCACGGUGAACAAUGUGGCCACGGCGCCGCCUGUGGUGCGCGUCGUCGGACGGACGUACUCUCCCUCCAGCCGGCUUGCCGAUCGGCGGAGCUCGCCUCACGACCGGCGGCCGGCGCUGCCCAUCAAGCGCAGCAAGUCCCUGAAGAUGCCGGUGGCCCCGCUGCGCACCCAGCGCCUCGGCCCAGCGUAUCUGGCUCUGGAGAACUCUCCGAGUCUUCACCCACCGCCGGCGCCAGCUGCUCCCGUUGUGACCCCGAUCCGGACUCCUUCAAACAGCGCGGCACUCUCCACCCCUCUCCAGCCGCUGCACGUUAACGUCACUCGGCCAUCGGUCGGACCGGGUACGUCAGCGUCAGACUCGCCGCCUCGGUAUGUCAACAUCGAGCUGCUGCGUCAGUAUGAGGCGGAGCUGGUGGAGCGCAGUCGACAGCUGGGGCUGAACGACACGCUGACUGAGGAUACGAGUCCGAUCGGGCCCGUGCUGGCGGCGGGUCCUGUCAGUCCGGCAGUCGGCGGGGACAGUGACUUGGUAGGCGAGGGACCGCGCUACGCGAAUGUCCUGUCUCAAUCUCUGCCGCCGCAGCCGCCGCCACCUGCUGAGGAACCUGCCCCGACGUCCAACUAUCCCAACUGCAGGCCUGAAGUGCAUCAGAAUCUCAGCCGGAUCGAAUCAGACCUGCAGCGAAAUCCUCGCAGUGGCUUCUACGACGCCAGUGGCGAGUCGUCGACCACCUCUCAGCCGCCUCCUGUCAGCUCCCUGGGAUGGCACGCCCGCGAGCGACGCAACAGCUUCCGACAGGCAGUCGAGAGUGGUGACAAGGGCCGCUCCAACAACUACGAGCCGAUCUGGGUGAACGAGGGUCAGCAUUCGCCGCUGACGGAAUCUCUGGAGCAGCAGCGGCAGCGGCAGCCGCGGGGCACCUCAACACCGCGGGGUGUGGAGUCGGCUAACGGCGUCCCACCGAUGCCACACUUCUCCCCGCGGUCCGCGGCCGCCGACCCGGGCCGGCCGGCGGUGGUUCCUGUCUCCAGCUACAUAGUGCAGGGCGGCGGCAGCGACACCGCCGACUCCCCGCUGCUGGUGGGCAACUCCCUGUUCUGGCCGGACGCGCUCGGCUGGCGCGGCGAGACGGAUGGUCCCGUCUCGCUGCAGCCUCGCAGGGAUGCGGCUAACAACGUGAUAGCGCAUGGAGAUCCUCCCAACACACCAGGCCGGUCCACCAGUCUGAGCGUCUCAGAAAACUCCGCCUUCAAGCCGUAUUUGGCGAACAAGCCACCUAGUCUCAAUUACAACGCCGCUUACAGGAAAGCCAAUAAUGACUGCAGCCCUUCCCCGGGCGGUCGUGAGCCGCACCCGGACCAGCUCGUCACCAACAACUCAUCAGACCACCGCCCGGUGGCGCCUCCUCGCAAACGGACCAGCGGCGGGGCGCUAUCGAACCGGCUCAGCCUCAGCCAACCGCUGCUCGUCGGGCCCAGCCACCUGUUUGUCGCCGACGGCGCCGCGUUGCGCGGUGUCGGCGGUCCGGACCGGCGGUGCAGCGGCGAGGAGGCCGACUCCGACACCGACUCUGUGCCGCCGGCCGUCCCAGAGAAGACCCAGGCGGCGUAUGAGGUGCCCACGCCGGUGCGUGACGUGAUACAGCCGGUCCGGCAACGGCAUUCGGAGCCGCCGCCACCACCGCCUCCACCGCCACUGCCGCCAGCGCUACCGCUUGAGGCAGCCGGUGUAGGAGCCGUCCUCCCCCAGCGGCCGGGAGACCGGGCAGAGUCGACUGAGGCGCGGCCCCUGAACCGGGCGCUCGGGCGGCUCCAGGCCAGUCUGCGCUCCCGGCUAGGUGGCCGCACCGAGCAGCAGCCGGCCCCGCCGCGAGGCCGGACCUCCCCCGCCGCGCAGGUGAACGCACACAGCCGACAGGCAUAUAUCUGAUGGACCAGCGGCGCUCGCGGCCCUCCCCUAACGGCGCGGUGCCGAGCAUACUUGGUCGGCAGGUCGGUGUUCGACUGCUGACCCCGCAUUUGUUGUGAUAGAUGAAGGUGCGAACGUGACUUUUGAAGGUGUGUUAUACGAGCAUGAGGGUGUGUGUGGGACUGGAUCCCGCUGCGGCCGCUGAGCGGCUCCCUGCGCCGCUCCACCGAGCUCUCAGCCGACACGGCUGGGCGUGAUUGUGCUUCCGACGGCCGGUGGCCGGCGCGUGUCUAUCUGUACUCUGAACGCUUACCGAGCAGACAACGUUUACUGCUCCUCGGCGUGGUCUUUGACAUUGAUAACGCCCGAAACGGAGUGGGAUAUUAUGUGCCCCGGUGUUGUGUUCACUCGGACAAAGCUAAAAUACAAAUAACUAUAUCCA